GCUUCUAUUUAAUGGCGGGUCUCUCUGUCCUGAAGGAGUUAGAGGCAACUCUAAGACCAUCAGGGGCAUGGCAGUGGAUCUAGGGCCGGGCUUUGGGGACACAGCCAGCGUUGAAAUGCUGCCCGAGGACGGCGGCUGCGGGCCCAAGGCCAGAGCUGGGCUCGCAUCCAGGAGCAACAGUGCACGCUGGGCUCUGACCUGCUGCCUUGUGUUGCUCCCCAUCCUGGCAGGACUCACCGCCUACCUGCUCAUUGGCCAGCUCCGGGCCCAAGGAGAGGACUGUGUGUUCCAGACUCCAAAAGGACCGGAGCUUGGACCUUCACAUCAGCGAUCUUACGCACCUCCUGGAGCCGGUGGGGAUAAGCCAAGGGCACACCUGACAGUUGUGAGACAAACUCCCACGCAGUCCUUGAAAAAUCAGUUCCCAGCUCUGCACUGGGAACAUGAACUUGGUUUGGCCUUCACCAAGAACCGGAUGAACUACACCAACAAAUUCCUGGUGAUCCCAGAGUCGGGAGACUACUUUGUUUACUCCCAGGUCACAUUCCGAGGGACCACGUCCGAGUGUGGGGAAAUCAGCCAAGGGAGCCGACUAAACAAGCCAGACUCCAUCAUCGUGGUCAUCACCAAGGUAACCGACAGCUACCCUGAGCCGACCCAGCUCCUAAUGGGGACCAAGUCAGUGUGUGAAAUAGGCAGCAACUGGUUCCAACCCAUCUACCUAGGGGCCAUGUUCUUCUUGAAUGAAGGGGACAAGCUGAUGGUGAACGUCAGUGACAUCUCUUUGGUGGAUUACACAAAAGAAGAUAAAACCUUCUUCGGAGCCUUCUUGCUAUAGUAGCAAGGCAGAUGUCAUUGUGUGAAGGUCCUCUGCCUCUUAGCUCCUAAUUUUCCUCAUUCAUAUGUAAUUAUAACUAGAAGGUUUUUUUGGAACAUCCAUAGAGACAGUGGUUAAGCCAUGAAAUUUAGGGGCCCAAAGUUCACACUUUAUGUGCCUUACUGAUGAGAAUCCUAAUUGGAAAAAGGCAUAAGAGAACAGACCUAUUAUCAUGGUUGCUUGGAAGAGUGGUGAGUUUCUAAACAUUAAAACACUGAUCAUCAGAUGAAUGGAACAUUUCCACGCCUUCCUACUACACAUUUGUCACCAGAGGGCCCAGAUACUGUUCAAUUUUAUUAUGAAGCAUUUGCUUCAGUUCAGGAGCCUUAAAAACAAAAUCUAACGCCCUAGAAAACAGUAUAAACCCUUCAGAGGCAAAAUCCUAGGUCAGUUCCUCUAAACACAUACUUUAAUGCCUUGCCUAAAAAAAUGAAAAGAGAGCUGAUAUUUCACACAAAUGUUCUCAAAAAAAGAAACUGAUUUUCACGCCAUCUAUAGCAAGUGAGAAAAACUACCUUUCUCUUUACUAUGUACACAUGCAUCAAAACAAGCAAGUGUGAGUUCCACAUGUAUAUGUCAAAAUACAUACAACAAUAGCAUCUAUUCAGAACAGUGUUCUUGAGCGCCUUUUAUGUGUGUGCUACCUUAACCCAAAAGACGCUAUGAAGACUGAGACAGACUCUACCCAAAUGUAUAUGAAUACCACUAGAUGGCUUCUGGUCAAAUAUUGCUCAACAUAUUCCAAGGACUAAUUCUAAGUCCUAACAGGUCAGACACUGUUACAGAAGAUUUCUGAAGCUCUCCUGACUACGUAAUGUAACCAGCUGAUUAGGUCACUCAAAAAACUUGAAGACAGAGUUCUAGCUAACAGACCAAUUAUAUAACAAACUUGACUGAUGCCAAGAGACAAUGGACUUAUUCCCUGGGGGGGAAAUAUCAGUCACCAAAUCUGGAGAUGUUAACCAAGAUCUGCUUUGAGGUUUGAUUCACAACUUUAUUCGCAGAGUGUUAUAUGGGUAUUUUUCUCUUAAAAUAUUCAAAGGGAUUUAAAUGUGAAAUUGGCUAAUCAGCCCAGCCAAGGCAUCUUUCCUGAAGAAGAGGCUGAACAUUGAGAAGGUCCUUGCAUUGCUUCAAUGAGUUCAUAUCCUCUAAUCUGUAUGAGUUUCCUGCACUCAUAUGUCAAGGGUUGGAGAGGCAUUUCUGCUCUCUUAGCCUCUGUUGACUUGUCUGUAAAGGAGGAAUCCACCAAUCUGUUUCCCAGGAUCAAAUGAGCUCAUGGGGAUGAAACAUGCUAACUUCGAGCAUUCUGGGAAGUCUGAGAGCAUGUCAGUGUGACAUGCGGAGUGACCUCCAGCACCUUGGCCUCUAUAAUAAAUGUUCUCUAUAAUUAUAUUUUUAUAUAUUUUAUAUUAUAAUUAAAUAAAAAUUAAUUUCUGAUUUCUGAGUUGGGGGGUUAAGGUUCUAAAGCCCUCAGCUUCUCAAAACAGUCAGCACAGGCCCAGCAUGAGCACACAGCAGGGUACGGUCACCUCCACCUGGUUCAGAAGUGACUUCACAACGGAAGUGAAGCCUGAGUGACUCCUGAAAGGAGGUAGGCAGGCAGCGGAUGGCCUCAGGGAAAGGGCAUCUCAGACAGACUAAUUACCCUUUACUUAAAGCAGAAAGGAAAGGUUUCUCAGUAACUACAAACCCAGCUUGAUGAGAGAACGUUUCCUCAACCGACUCCUAGAACAAUAUUUACUGUUAAAUCAGGAAUGCUUUAUCAAUGACUCUAGUCUGGCUCCAAGAUCAGAACACACACCCUAUUAGGGAAAUAAAAUGUUCUGCAUGAGCGCACCCAGCAACUUGGGAUAUGGCAAAGGAUCUGCAGGCGUAGAAGAGUCCAGAGGGGCCUGCUCACCUUCCCCUCCACUGAAAGGAACCCCUAUACCAAGGGCCCUCAAACCUUCCCUCUGGUCCACAGGGAAUCUGGUGAAUUUGGAAGUUUAUCCAACAAAUAGGAAUUUCCUACUAUCCUAGAGGACUUGAGGCUUUGGAAAAAUCCCUGCCACAUAUUUGUUUUGCUCCUGUCAUAAGCUUGUUUAUUGAAGGUUGUAUUGUGUUCAAGUCUUCACUGCUGAAUUUGUUAAAUUCUCUCUGAUAUUUCUUUUACUGUUCAGAUAGGCCCAGCCAGACGUUCCUAGUGGAGCUCAAGUCAGAACUUCUGUUUCCUAGGCAUUAUGUCCAUAGCAAAAAUUAGCAUACUAGUUGGGAGAAUGAGGUGGGAGAAUGCUUUUUAAGAAUGUGAUGGUCCCCUAAAAGGAGUAAAUGGGGUACAUCCAAAGAUUUGGAAGGGAAAAAGGAGCAUAUUCACGUGCUUUAGAAAAUAAUUUAGGGAGAAAAUGUUUUACCGAUUCAAUGUCUCUGAAAAGGCUGAAUUCAAAUCAAUUCCACAAACACUUACUGAGUACCUACUUGCCCUGGGGAUACAAAGAUAAAUUAUUUUAGUAUCAGACGUAUUCAUUCUAACUGCUUAGCACCUCCAUUGUCUGCAGAUCCUUUAAUUUAUUUUGGUUGUAUUAGCUAAUUAAUUAGCUAACUUUAGACACAUGGCUAUUUUCUCAUUACAAAAAUGGGUGCCAUUUGAUGAAGGAUGAUCAUUAACAAAAUGACUUGUGUUUACUCUAAGUGGUUUUUUAAAUAGCUAUUCAAGGAUAGUUCUCCAUAAAUAAAAGGGGAGAAAAUAAAGAUACUUUCUAUGCUAAAAUCCAUUAUUUAAGCUACAUGUAGAGAAAGGUUUAUUAUCUCCUGGACUAGAGUUUGGCCAUCAACACCCAUGUAAAUAUUAGAACUUUAUGGAUAACCCAGAUGUUUUGAAAAGCCUGUGUUUCUCAGCCAAUACAGGAGCCAUGAUCAAAAUGCAUGGGGUCACUAGUAUUUUGACCCUGGUUUAGAUCUGUUUGGAACAAAAUUGCUUAAGCUACUAAAAUUCCUAGAUUUUUUUGACUAACAUACUGUGGAAUGUGAAAAAGUACACUUUCACAUCCUGAAAGGUGUCUGGUUCAGUUCAAUAACUAGGCAUGCCAGAGCCCUUGGCUCUAUUUCAGUCUAGGCUAUGUCACCGCAGAGGAAAUUCCACCUCUGUGAUCGUCAAUAACCCCUCUGGAUUAUAAAAGUUCAACUAGCUCACUGUGCACACGGCAGGUGUGUUGCCAAGUUUCUCUCGCAAGGUAUUUUCCCAAGUCCUCUCCCUGUCGUGUUUCCAUGAUUGUGACAUUGGGAAUUAAUUCUUCAGCACAGGACUCUCUACACGCUACACCUUGCAAAACACAUGCAGAAGCCACUCGCCUCAAGACUUCUUACUCUCCCAGGACCCAGAGUCCUGGAAGUAUUCUGCCAUUUUUAGAAGAAAUUUUUUAAACGAUGUACCGCUGUCCUGGAUAUUGAGAGCUAUUGCAUCACACUGGCAGCUGGGCCUGGGAAGAAUUCAGUGGACUAUUAACCCCUGAACGCUUUUGCUCCAGCAGUGAGAGAGUGAGGUUCAGAGUAGUCACAUCUAUGCCCUGCUCCACUCUGUCAACCAUAUUUACAACUUUCCAAGCUCUGAGACACAUUUGCCCCCUGCCAUCCCUUCCAUCACCCAUUUUAAGAAGAAAAUACCAUACCAGCUCAGACAGAACUUACUUGUUCAGUAUCACACAAUGAGUUAAUGGUGAUCUAGAGCUAGGAUACUAUUCCCCUGAAUCAUAGUCUUAGGCUCACCCAAUUACCUUCUGCUCUUAUUAAAUAGUAAUAAAUAAUAACUGGAGGAGAAAUUGGAGGAAGACAUGAGAAAUAUUAUCAAAUAGCUAUGGGGUGAUGUAGAAAGGGGGAAGAAAUUUCUUCCAUGUCUCCCUAGAGGAAAAAGCUAGGGCUAAUAAGUUGAAGUUACAGGGUUACCAUUUCUGGCUUGAUAUCCAAAGGAACUUUCCACCCCAAAAUAGAAUGUCCCCAGAUAGUGAUUGCUCAGUCCCAGGAGACAUUCAAGCAAAGGGCUCAUCUCAAGGCUUUUGUGGAAACCAUUCCUUCACUGAGGUGAGAGACAGGAUUGAGCCAAAGGAUUUCUGAGGUCUUUUCCAAAUCUUUGAUUACAUGGUCAUUUUUCAAUUGACUUCUGUGUGUUCUAUUUGAUCAUUAAGAAGCUGGCCGGUCUUGUCAAGAGUUCAGGACUUCUAGCCUAGAAGUGGUUGCCAUUUCCCACUUGUUCAGAGAUUGUCCAACACAAGUGACUCUGAGAUGUUGACCGAUAGAGCACGUCAUGGAAUUUUAGAGCUGACGGGAUCUGCAGAGCUUAUCUGCUCCAAGUUACAUCAUUUUAAGGAUGAAGGAAGCAAGGCUCAGAAAGGUGAUGUAAAUGGCCCAAUGCCAGACAGUAGCUAGUAGCAGUGUGAGGCUAGAAUGCAUAUCUCCUGACACCCAGCCCAGCAAUCUUUCCAUGUCAUCCAUGACUCAGUUCUUUUCUUGAGCAUAUGUCACAUGGCAGCAUUUACCUAGAUGCUGGAGAGCCAAGGCAAGAGGGGGUAUGACAGGCAAGUCCCACUAUCAUGUUGCAUAUGCGUUCAGGAGGAAGGAGACACAAAAUGUUGAGUAAAUAAAGUAGCUGAACUUAAUCAGAUGACUUUAUUUGUAAAGUCAUUAAAAUAUGUAACUUCCCCCCUUUUGUUUCAGGGGUGAAAAGAUUAAAUAAGUAUAGGUGUUUAUAUGGUUUUAAUGAUAAGCCCCAUGUGCUUUUAUUGAUUUUAUGUUUUAUGUUAAAACAUCACA